AUGAAGGGACAAGCAAUUUAUUUCGUUUUUGUUUUCUUAUAUUUUCUCAAUUGUGUGGGGUGCAAUUCAAAGAAUAAUAAUAAGCGAACAAGUUAUAAUAAGAAAAAAGAAAACUUAAAAAAUUUCGAUAAUAUUGUUCUUGAUGAUUUUUAUUCAGCGUUUGAUUCCCAAGAUAAUUAUGAAAGUAAAUUAAAAAAAAAUGAGGAUGAUAUUAUCGGACAAGGUAUCUUUUCUCUUAUAAGUAAAAAGAAUCAAGAAAAGGAAAAGUCAUUAAAAGGGGAAUCAGAAGAUAAUACAAAACUUCAAGUAACCAAAGUCCAAGGUGCUCAAGUUGAUCAAGCGGUUGAACCAUUGGAAAAAUCACCAGAAGAUGAAAAUAAAGAAAUACCAACUUUGGAUUCACCACAAAAUGGAAAUCCUACUUCUUAUACAUCAAAUUUAAGUACACCACCUCUUAAACGCAUGGAUGAAGUUUUUGACGAUGUUCUUAAACAUUUAAAUAAAGAAGAUAAAGUUGUCACUGAUGAGAAUAAAAAUAAAUAUAAUGAAUUUAAAAAAGAGUUUGAUAUCUUUACUAUGAAUGUAAGUGAAUAUGAAAUAAUGAAAAACCUUCUUAUUACAUUCUCAAAGAAAAUUGAUGAAAAUAAUCAAAUUCAAACAAAAAUAGAAAAUAUAUUUAAUAAAGCUUUAAAGGAUAAUAAAUAUAAAGAACAAUUUAAAAACUUUAUCUAUGGAUUGUAUAGCUUUGCAAAAAGACAUAAUUAUUUAAUAGUUAAUAAAACUAAUGACACAACACUACAUAAAGAUUUAUUUGAAAAUGCUCUUAAUUUAAUAAAUACUAUUUAG